AUGGCAUACAAAUUGGUAUCCGGUAUAAUCCAGCAGAGAUUUUUCCACUCAUCUCCGGCCAUAUUUGGUGCAAGCAAAGUAGCUAUGAGCAAGUUUGACACCAAUCCCCUGCCAUACGAAACCCUAGAGAAGCGUAUCAAAAUUGUUGCCGAUAGAUUAGGAAAGCCAUUGUCUUUGGCAGAAAAAGUGCUUUAUUCUCAUUUGGAUGAUCCUGUUAAUCAAGAUAUCAAGCGUGGUGUAUCUUACUUAAAAUUAAGGCCGGAUCGUGUGGCAAUGCAAGAUGCUACUGCUCAAAUGGCUAUGUUGCAGUUUAUAUCAUCAGGUUUGCCAAAGGUUGCUGUUCCUUCCACGAUUCACUGUGAUCAUUUAAUUGAAGCUCAAGUAGGUGGAGUUGAGGACUUGAAAAGGGCUAAAGAAAUGAAUGAAGAAGUUUACAACUUUUUGAAAACCGCUGGAGCAAAAUAUGGAGUUGGAUUUUGGCACCCAGGAUCUGGAAUUAUUCAUCAAAUUAUUCUGGAAAACUAUGCUUUUCCUGGGUUAUUGAUGAUUGGUACUGACUCCCAUACACCUAAUGGCGGUGGACUUGGUGGUUUGUGUAUUGGAGUUGGCGGUGCAGACGCUGUUGAUGUGAUGGCUGAUAUUCCUUGGGAACUAAAAUGUCCUAAAGUUAUUGGUGUUCAUUUAACAGGAAAGAUGUCUGGUUGGACUACAUCAAAGGAUGUAAUACUUAAAGUUGCAGAUAUUUUGACUGUCAAAGGAGGUACUGGUGCAAUAAUUGAAUAUCACGGACCUGGAGUAGAUAACAUAUCAUGCACAGGUAUGGGUACCAUCUGUAAUAUGGGUGCAGAAAUUGGAGCUACUACUUCAUUGUUCCCAUUUAAUCACCGAAUGGCAGAUUAUUUAAAAGCUACAUGUCGUGCUGAUAUCGCUGAAGAAGCAGCCAAGUACAGUAAGUCAUUAUUGACUCCUGAUAAUAGCAGUCAUUAUGACCAGUUAAUUGAAAUUGAUUUGACAACACUGGAGCCUCAUGUUAAUGGACCCUUCACACCUGAUCUUGCACAUCCUAUUUCAAAACUAGGAAACAAUGCCAAGAAAAAUGAUUGGCCUGUGGAAAUCAAAGUUGGUCUUAUUGGAAGCUGCACUAAUUCAAGUUAUGAAGACAUGUCGAGAUGUGCUACAAUUGCAAAAGAAGCCUUAGCUCACGGGCGUAAAUCAAAAAUUCCAUUUAAUGUUACUCCUGGUUCUGAACAAAUUAGGGCAACAAUUGAAAGAGAUGGAAUUGCACAAAUAUUGAGAGAAUUUGGUGGUACUGUAUUAGCUAAUGCUUGCGGUCCAUGUAUUGGUCAAUGGGAUCGUAAAGAUGUCAAAAAGGGUGAAAAGAACACCAUUGUCAGUUCGUACAAUAGAAACUUUACUGGACGUAAUGAUGCCAAUGCAGCAACCCAUGCCUUUGUCACCUCUCCAGAGCUAGUUACUGCUUUAGCCAUUGAAGCGCGUUUGGACUUUGAUCCCACAAAAGAUUCAAUCAAGGGAGCUGAUGGUAAAGAAUUUAAAUUAAGUAAUCCAUUGGGUGAUGAAUUACCCGCAAAAGGAUUUGAUCCCGGUCAAGAUACUUACCAAGCUCCACCUGCUGAUGGAUCAGCUGUGAGUGUGGUAGUAGACCCAAAAUCCAAUCGUCUCCAAUUAUUAGAACCAUUUAAAGUUUGGGAUGGAAAAGAUUUGGAAGAUCUUACAAUACUUAUUAAAGUGAAAGGAAAAUGUACAACUGAUCACAUUUCUGCGGCCGGCCCAUGGUUAAAAUACCGAGGUCAUUUGGACAAUAUAUCAAAUAACAUGUUCUUAACUGCAACCAAUUCAGAAAAUAAUGAAAUGAAUAAGGUACAAAACCAAUGUACUGGAGAAUGGGGUGCAGUUCCGGACACAGCCAGAGCAUACAAAGCUAAAGGUAUAUCGUGGGUAGUGUUUGGUGAUGAAAACUAUGGCGAAGGAAGUAGCAGAGAACAUGCCGCUUUAGAACCACGUCAUUUGGGAGGACACGCGAUCAUUGUCAAAUCUUUUGCCCGUAUUCAUGAAACCAAUUUGAAAAAACAAGGAGUAUUAGCUUUGACAUUUGCCGAUAGUAAGGAUUAUGAUAAAGUUCAACCAACUGAUAAAGUGUCUUUGGUCGGACUUGAUCAAUUCACUCCUGGAGUACCAUUAAAAUGUAUUUUGCGCCAUACUGAUGGGAGUUGUGACGAGAUAACACUUACUCAUACAUUCAACGAACAACAAAUCCAAUGGUUUAAGUCCGGCAGUGCAUUAAACCGAAUGAAACAAUUAGCUGCUGCAUCUAAAUAAAAUAUUUGUUGUGUU